ACAACAACAACAACUCUUCUUCCCUUUCUUUCUCUUUCUCUCUCUUUCUCUUUCUCUCUCAUUCGCUCUCUUUUUCCAACUGUUUCAUGCAAAGCCAUUUCUAGGGUUUUUUUUUUUUUUUCCAGUUCUCUCCAUUCACUCUUUCAAUUCCGUAAUCGCUGCAAAGGUACUUCGUCGCUAUGGCAUUCCAAGCCAAGAAGCUCAUCAACAAUCCCGAUGAUGUUGUGACUGAAUUCAUUGAAGGCCUUGUGGAGACGUACCCUGGUUUACAGUACUUAGAUGGAUUUCCUCAGGUGAAGGUUGUAUUACGUGCAGAUGUUUCAAGUGCAACAAAUGAUAAAGUUGCAGUCAUAUCAGGGGGAGGAAGUGGCCAUGAGCCUGCUCAUGCUGGAUAUGUGGGAGAAGGAAUGCUGACAGCAGCUAUCUGUGGAGAUGUCUUUGCUUCCCCACCAGUUGAUUCAAUCCUAGCUGGGAUACGAGCUGUAACUGGACCUAUGGGAUGUCUUCUGAUUGUGAAGAAUUACACUGGUGACCGAUUGAACUUUGGUUUGGCUGCUGAGCAAGCAAAAGUUGAAGGUUAUAAAGUUGAGACUGUAAUUGUUGGUGAUGAUUGUGCACUACCACCGCCUCGAGGGAUUGCUGGGAGAAGGGGCUUGGCAGGGACUAUUUUGGUUCAUAAGGUUGCAGGGGCAGCUGCUGCUGCUGGCCUUCCUCUUGCUAAGGUUGCUGCAGAAGCAAAACAUGCCUCUGAAUUGGUGGGGACAAUGGGUGUUGGUUUAACUGUGUGCACACUUCCUGGUCAAGUUACAUCAGAUCGUUUGGGCCCAGGGAAGAUAGAACUGGGGCUUGGAAUUCAUGCAGAACCUGGUGCAGCUGUUGCUGAUCUUCAGCCAGUGGAUGUGGUGGUUUCUCAUGUUCUGAAUCAAAUAUUGUCCACGGAAACGAACUACGUUCCAAUAACUCGAGGUGGUAGAGUGAUCCUCAUGGUCAAUGGGCUUGGUGGCACCCCUUUGAUGGAGCUAAUGAUUGCAGCAGGAAAGGCAGUUCCAAGAUUGCAGCUAGAGCAUGGGCUGGCUGUUGACAGAGUUUACACAGGGACAUUUAUGACAUCCCUUGAUAUGGCAGGUUUCUCGAUAUCUAUCAUGAGGGCUGAUCCACCUAUUCUUGAGCGAUUAGAUGCCAGUACCAAAGCACCGUCUUGGCCUGUUGGAGUUGAUGGUGUUCACCCGCCUACUAAGAUUCCUAUUCCAGUCCCGCCAUCUCCAUCAGCAAAGGGCGAUGAGCCACAGAGACGACCUCUACAGCUAAGUGAGCAAGGCCAAGUCCUUGAGAUUGCUAUUGAAACCGCUGCAAAUGUUAUUCUAGAUCUUAAGGACAGCCUAAAUGAUUGGGACAGUAAAGUUGGUGAUGGUGACUGUGGAUCAACUAUGUAUAGAGGCGCAAAAGCCAUUCUGGAGGACAUAAAAAACUAUCCUCUGAACGAUGCUGCAGAAACUGUCAAUGAAAUUGGAUCCACAAUUCGAAGAGCCAUGGGAGGAACAAGUGGAAUCAUAUAUACAAUUUUCUGCAAGGCAGCAUAUACACAGCUGAAACCAAGCUCUGGUUCUGUUGUCACGCCAAAACAAUGGGCUGAGGCACUUGCGGCUUCCAUUGCUGCUGUUAGUAAAUAUGGGGGUGCCAGUGCUGGUUAUAGAACCCUGCUAGAUGCCCUUCUUCCAGCAUCAUCGGUUCUUCAAGAGAAAUUAAAUGCUGGGGAGGAUCCUAUCACUGCUUUUGUUCUGUCUUCUGAGGCUGCAUUAACUGGAGCUGAGUUAACCAAGAAAAUGCAAGCACAGGCUGGGCGUUCUACUUACGUGUCUUCAGAGUUGCUUUCAACAGUUCCUGACCCUGGUGCCAUGGCUGUGGCAACGUGGUACAGGGCUGCAGCUCUAGCUGUCCAGCAAAAAUACAAGAGUUAGGCUACGUGCAAUUAAGCUCUUCAUGCGGAUUUAGCCAAGUUUUGUUCCGGAUUUUGUAUCCUUUUAACCAUUGGGCUCUCCGCUUAUGUUUUUUUUUGCAUAAAGCUGAGAGAGCGAUUGCAUAUACGCCAAAUUUUACAGUGGAUGUAAAUUUCAAAAACUUGAUAACUACAGUCGGACAAUGAUAUACAUCUAUCUCAUUGUGAGCCCUGUGCUUGUAAUAUUCAUCGUUGGUUUAUUCAUUCUUUUAUGCUCAUUUUUUUUACCCUA